AUGGGAGAGCAGAGCAGAGCAGGGCAGAGCAGGGCAGAGCAGGGCAGAGCAGGGCAGCAAGAGAAGCGAGGGGGACUCGCUACUCCGUUUCGCAACAGACGUGGAGUGAAACGGGCGCCACCGGUUGCAGCUGGAGCCGAGCGGUUUGCGCAUGGCCGUGUGGAAGCAGAAGCAGAAGCAGAAGCAGAAGCAGACAGACCAACGGCCAAAUGGCUCGGGUCGGUAAUACCAAGUAAAAUGUUGGGCAGUGAGGAGGACUUUGGGCCGACCGAUGAGAGGAAGGGGGAGGCCUUCUGGUGGACGAAGGAAGGACAAAUCAUCCGCUGGUCGGUGUUCUUCGGCCUGAUGUUCCUCUUCCUGACCUACAUGAUUGUGGGUUACUGGCAUGCGAAGAAGCGGAUCAGCAAUGGACUUGCGCCCCUGCCGUAUCACCAGUGGCUACUAAGCCGCCGCGACCGCGCACGCUACGACCCGGCCUUCCAGAACCCGUCAGCCUACUAUAACCAGUAUCCCCCGCAACAGCAGAGCGAGUAUGACCGGUUUUCCAUGCCGCCGCCGCUGUACACGAAUGCCGAUCUGCCGCCCACCUACCAGCCGCCAGCGGGGAGUACCAAAGUCGACCCUGCGCAGUGGCGGACGGAUCCUACGCGACGACCGCCAGAGGGGGGGGCAAGUCAGUCUUCUCCGCCUUACCAGGCGCCGGCGGGACCUCCGCCGGUGGCUGUAAAUCAUCCGGGUGCGAGCGCUGGUAGCAAUCACCCUAAUCGACCGUGA